AGCCGUCUGCCGUUGCCGACCGCGGGUGCACCGACGAUGCGCCCCUCCCCUCUCUGGUCGGCGGCGCGCCCCACUCCCCUCCAGCCAGCGGCGUCGCGCCGGCGUCACUCGCGGCUCAGUCUGCACGGGUGUAGGUCCAUCCGCCGCGACCCGACCCCAGCCUACAUCUGGCGCGGGCCGGCGGUGUCUGGUGUGAGCGGAGGACUGUACGCAGCAGACGCGGCACUGUCCCACUACUGACCGACCACAGCGGCGGCUGGCGGGGACCGGCUGCGUUGGGCAGCAGAGUCUGACUCAGGAGAGCAUCGAUCGACGGCGGGCAGAGUGCCAGCGGUGAGCGGGGCCCGUCGGAACCGGCGACACCAUGCAGGCGGCGUCAGUGAUUGCGCGACGGGUUGUCGGCCUGAGGGGCUGCACCCAGGUUCGGUGCCUGACCUCUGUGGUGAAGGAUUCUGGACUGCCGGACUUCAAUGUGGUCAACGAACCUCUGCUCGGCUACCUGCCGGGCAGCGCAGAGCUGCAGCAGCUCGAGGCGGCCCUACAGAAGCACGGCGCCACCGUGGCCGAGGUGCCCAUUGUCAUUGGCGAUGAGGAGAUUCGUACCGACCUGGUGCGCUAUCAGCCGCGGCCUCACGACCAUAAAAACCCCGUGGCCAAGUUCUACCACGCCACCCCGGAGAUCGUGCAGAAGGCGAUCGACAACAGUCUGUCGGCGCGUGAGGCGUGGGAAAAGGUGCCCCUGUCGGAGAAGAUCGACAUCUUCCACCGGGCGGCCGACAUGAUGGCCACCAAGUACCGGCAGGACCUGAACGCCACCACCAUGCUCGGCCAGUCCAAGACGGUGGUGCAGGCCGAGAUUGACGCCGCCGCCGAGCUAGUGGAUUUCCUCCGCUUCAACGCCUUCUUCGCCAAGGAGCUGACCAAGUACCAGCCCAUCAGCGAGCACGCCUCGGUCACUAAGAACUCGAUGCGUCUGCGCGGCCUGGAGGGCUUCGUGGCCGCCGUGUCGCCGUUCAACUUCACAGCGAUUGGCGGCAACCUGGCGUCGGCGCCGACACUCAUGGGUAACGUGGUGGUGUGGAAACCGUCCGACACGGCCAUCCUGAGCAACUACACGGCGUACCGGAUCCUGCGCGAGGCCGGUAUUCCGGCCGGCGUCAUCAACUUUGUGCCGGCGGACGGGCCUGUGUACGGCGACACGGUGACAGCGUCUCCGGAGCUGUCCGUCGUCAACUUCACCGGAUCGGUGCCCACAUUCCAGCACCUGUGGAAGCAGGUGGGUAACAACAUCGCCCGCUACCGCGGCUUCCCGCGGCUGAUUGGCGAGUGCGGCGGCAAGAACUACCACUUUGUGCACCCGACGGCCGACGGAGCCACUGUGGCAGCCAGUACCAUCCGCUCGGCGUUCGAGUUCGGCGGCCAGAAGUGCUCCGCCUGCAGCCGGCUCUACGUGCCGCGCAGUCGCUGGGACGAGAUCCGGACUCUGAUGCUGAACAUUCACAAGGACGUCAAGAUCGGUGAUCCGACGAAGAAGGAGAACUUCUUCGGCGCCGUGAUUGAUGAGAAGGCAUUCCAGCGCAUCAAGUCGUACAUCGACCACGCCAAAAACUCGCCGGAUCUGGAUAUUAUCGCCGGCGGAGGCUGCGACGACAGCACUGGUUACUUCAUCGAGCCCACGAUCGUGGUCUGUAAGAACCCGUCCGACAAGAUCAUGCAGGAGGAGAUCUUCGGCCCGGUGCUGAGCGUCUACGUGUACGAGGACGGUCAGGAGGCGGCCACACUGGACCUGAUCGGCCGCUGUCCGUACGGCCUCACCGGAGCCAUCUACAGCCAAGACCAGGCUUUCGCUGAGUUCGCGCUGGAGAAGCUGAAGAUGACGUGCGGCAACUUCUACGUCAACGACAAGUCCACCGGGUCCAUCGUGGGUCAGCAGCCCUUCGGAGGCGGACGCAUCUCAGGUCGGCCUCCUGUUCUCAGUCACUUUUCUUUGGUAACAUGUACUGUGCUUACUGCUUAGUUCUUUGAGGCUCUACGCGUUUUUGUCAUGUUUUGUGCUAAAGGGUGUUUUCUGAAUAAUGUAAAUAGAGUGAAUAACCUUUUGCUCAUGUUAUAUGUUGCAAAUUGAUAUAAUUGAAACUAAAUUGAUAUAUUUCGAUAUUGCACCGUCAUCAGAAUAAGAAUAGCAAUUAAGCAGCGAAACAAAGCUGAUUCAAACGGAAUACAAAACGUGCAUCUUGUGAUAUGGUUCUCGUUGGAUAAGGUCGAUCAGUACGUAUAGGUACAAUCAUUCAGGUGCGUGUCAACAUUUGCACAUUAUACAUGAUAAUGCUUUCAAAUAUACACAAUGAACAUAAUGCCAAAAAAUACAUAUGCGUUUACAAUAUACAUACUUUACAUAAUAGAUGGAUACAUAGAUAGAUGGAUACAUACUUUACAUAAUAGAUGGAUACAUACAUAUGCGCAUACAAUAUACAAUAUACAUAAUAGAUACAUACAUAAUAUGUAUAUACAAUAUACAUAAUACACAUAAUAUAUAGUUGUCCAUUGUUCUCAUACAUACUCAAUAGAUACAUACAUAAUAUGUAUAUACAAUAUACAUAAUACACAUAAUAUAUAGUUGUCCAUUGUUCUCAUACAUACUCAUGACAUGACAAUGCUAUACAAUAGGUAUGUUACGCUGGAGCUACCGGAGCCACUGGGGGUGUGUAUGGCGGGGGAUUGAGGAGAGGCCAUGAUGAGGUUUGUGUGUUGAGGUGGGGUCGCUGGUUUCUGAUUUCGAUUGACUCGGCUAUUUUGAGGUUUGGUACAUCUUUGCAAACUUUUUCGAUCGACACGCUAAACGACUCGGGCCCUACUAUGCUGGUUGGGUGUGUCCUAGCUACAUGAUCUCCGAGUGGAGUGUCCUUGGUUUGGUUUUUUGCGUCCCUCAAAUGCUCGUGAAACCGCUCCCGGAUGCGUCUUUUUGUUUCUCCUAUGUAAAUACUAGUUUUGUCUUGGCACAUGUUACACACGAUUUUGUACACAACGUUUUUGGUGUGGCAGCGACCAGGCAGCCCCGCCUCACAAGUGUGACAUUUCCUUGUACCUGCCGGGCAGGGAGGACUUUGCAUGGCUGACCUGGUGAGGUGUUGCGCUAGUGUUUUCCCACUGGUCCAAGCGACCCGCGCAUUCAAACCCGAGCCCCUGAAGACUCCAUCCACCCGUCGUGCUAGGGUUUCGUCGAUGUAUGGGAGUGUGAUAUAUGUAGGUUCGUUUUUUGUUCUGUUUUUUGCUCUGUUUCUGCCGUUUUGCUCGCUACUAAAUAGAACCCGAUGUUUAGU